AAGUCAAGAGUAGGAGAGGACUCAGAUUUGGUAAUUGGUGUCGGGUAAUCGAGGGACCCAAUGUAGGUUUGCUGUGAUACUUUUGGCCAGCUUCCAUUUUUAUUCUCACCAUUCAAAGUCUUCUGAGAGCCAAUGGUUUCUUUCUUUUUUGUUUUUUUUUUUAAAUGAACCCAAUGGUUUCUUUUAAAGGGUUCUUAAAGACGUGUGAGAGUUGAAUUUUGAAGGGUUUUUUUUUCUUCAAUCUAAUAUUUAUUGGGAGGAAAAUUUGUUGUCUUAGAAGCAAUAGCAAGAGCGAGCAAGAUGGAAAUGGCUUCGAAGACGAUUGAUUUGCUUCAGGACGAGCUUCCCGUUAAGCAAGAACCCUUUAUCAUAUCUGGGGAUGUUAAAACUGGUCUUGUCCUUGUCGAUAUCGUCAAUGGCUUCUGUACAGUCGGAGCUGGAAAUAUGGCGCCUAGAUUCCCCGAUAAGCAGAUCUCUGAAAUGGUGGAUGAGUCAGCGAGACUCGCCAGAGCUUUCUGCGAGAGAAAAUGGCCUGUUUAUGGUUUCUUGGACUCCCAUGAUCCAAACGUUCCUGAACAUCCUUACCCUCCUCAUUGUUUUGCCGGAACCCACGAAUCAAAACUAGUUCCAGCUUUACAAUGGUUAGAGAAUGAAUCUAAUGUCACGCUUAGAUGCAAAGAUUGUAUUGAUGGGUUUCUUGGCUCAAUUGAAAAAGAUGGCUCCAAUGUUUUUGUCGAUUGGGUUAAGAAUAAUCAAAUUAAAGCGAUUUUGGUGGUGGGGAUAUGUACAGAUAUAUGUGUACUAGACUUUGUAUGUUCCACAUUGUCUGCAAGAAAUCGUCGGCAUCUUCCUCCCCUUGAGGAUGUGAUUGUGUAUUCUCGUGGCUGUGCCACUUAUGAUAUCCCAGUUCAUGUGGCAAGAACAUCCAAGGAUCUAAUAUCUCACCCUCAGAAUCUAAUGCAUCACAUAGGCCUUUACAUGGCCCAAGGAAGAGGAGCAAAGGUGGUGUCUGAAGUUUUAUUUGAUCAAGACAAACAAAAGAACCAUUAUUAAAAAGAUACGUACUUUGUUUGUUUUCUCCUCUCUUACAAAUAAAAGUAAGGCAUCUUAAAGUUAGUCUUGGUUAAAUAUCAAUAAUAUAGAAGCUUGUCGUUAUUGUUUGAUCUGAAUUUUAUGUAAAUAUGGAAUUUGAUCUUUGUAAAAGUGUCCGCGAUAAAUCUUGUAUUGAUCCCUUUUUCUUUAAUAAAAAUUACUACAUGGGAAUUAUUGGAAA